AUGGCGAAAACAGUGACAUCAUCCAGUGAAAUAACAGGUGAAAAGAUGGCACCACCGUCCAUCACUCUACUUCCUGACAAGAGAUCUCCGACAAAUGGUCACAGCUCUCCGGCCCGAACUGGAAAAACUACUCCAUCCAGCACCGAGAAGAAGCCACAGAUAAAUGGACAUGCGUCGCCUUCACACAUCAACAACAACAACAACCAUGCAGUUGUGGAGGGUUAUAUGAAGACAGACGACAGGAUGCGAUUAGCCAAAGAGAGACGUGAGGAGAGGGAGAGAAGCCUGGUGGCCAGGGAGCAGCUGAUCAGGGAGAAGGAGCGCAGAGCUCAGAUACAGUACGAACGCACAGUGGAGGAACGCUGGAGGCGGCUGGACGAGCAGAGGCAGAAAGAGGAGCUCCGUAGAGCUGCAGUGGAGGAGAAGAGGAGGCAGCAGCUCGAGGAGGACAGGGAGCGACUGGAGGCCCUGAUGAAACGCUCUCUGGAGCGCAGCCUUCAGCUGGAGCAGAGGACCAAACGCUGGACCAGAGGCUGCCCUGCAGGAGCAGCGCCCUGCAGCCCUCACAGGUCACCUUUCCGCAGCUCCCUGAACCCCGCAGAUCCCAACAGAGCUGGACUUCAGGGAGGCUCUCAGUCCACUCCCAAUACCCCCAAGUGUCACAAGGCACUUGGCUUCCCCUACUACCUCCAAGUAAGAUUGCUCGUUUGGCUGGCGUCUAAAAUGCGUUCCCAUUCUCCGAGCAAUGCACAUCAGUACCAUAACUCUCCUACAAGACAACGUCAAAACUCGUCACCUGAUGAUAGGAAACCAGAAGACAAGAAGCUGGAGAGACAAAGUGAGCAAUCCAAAGCAGUGAGAAAGACCACCGACAGCAACGGCACGAAUCCGUCUUCACAGGAUGAGAAGAAUGUGGUCAACGAUGAAAUCGCUAAAUCCAGACCGUCUCAAGGAGAAACCUUGGAUAAGCAUCUCAGAGGUGACACACCUGAAAAAAAUCAGUCCCCUGACAGAAAGGACCAGGUGUCUCCCAAAGUGGAUGUCUCAGAGAAGAAGAUGCAAAGCAACGGUCAGGAUGGAGACAAGAAAAAAGAAUCAGCACCAUGUGCGUCCGCAGGGAAGGCGGCAGCUGGCACGACAAACGCAGAGGAGGCUUCCAGGUUGUUGGCAGAGCGAAGGCGUCAGGCUCGAGCUCAGAAAGAACUGGAGGAUAAAAAGCGGGAACAAGAGGAAGAGGAACGAUACAGGGAAGAGCAGCUGAAGAAGCAACUCGCACAAGAGCGGCAGCAGCAGGAGGCAAAGACUCAACAACUGAAGGAAAAGGAGAAACAAGAGGAAGAUCUUAAAAGGCUGAAACAAGAAGAGGACAAACAAAAGAAGGAGGAGAAGGAGCAACAGAUCCAGAUGGACAAAGAGAAAGAGAAAGCCCAAGUCCAAGCUCAGGAGGAUUCAGAGCGUCAGCGGCAAGACAGAGAACUGCAGGCGCAACAGGAAGAGGAUGAGAGGCAGCUGAGAAAAAAGAGAAUUGAGGAGAUUAUGAAGAGAACUAGGAAGGGAGAAGCUGACUUGAAGAUGGAGGAGCAGGUGGAGACGAAGCCUGUCUCACCACCAGGUGAAGUAAAGACUGUUCAAACUAAUGCUCAGGUGAAUGAGCAAACGAUCAAAAAGGUUGAGUUUCAGGUUAAAGAGCAGGUCAACAUAAAGGAAAGCGCCCUGGUGAAGAGAGAAGCAGCAGCAGCACAGAUGGACAACCAGAAGAGUGUGCAAGUUAAAAACAACACUCAUCAAGUGACACCAACACGCAGUGUUCCCGACAAGAGACCGGACACCAAACAAACCAGUGAAGAGCAGGGCAGCCAACUCAACAGAGAGGCCAAAGCCUGUGUACUCAAGCAGCAGGAAAGAGUGGUGGAAAUGAAUGUAAACAAGCAGCACAGAGCACAUGUUAAAGCCGCAGACCAAACACAUAAAGAGCCGACAGCAGAUGCUAAAGUCAACCAAAGGGAGGGUGCUAUGAUGAACGGAGCCGUAAAGGGUGAAAGAAGUGCCUUGAAGAGAAGCCAUGUAACUGCUGAGGUAAGCAAACAGCAAAGCCUGCAAGUGUCGACAGCUGCUAAAGGAGGUUCAAAGGUGGAGGUCGUUAGACCCUCUGUGGCUCCUCUGCCGCUGGGACACCUAUCGCCGCCAAUCAUCAAGCUGGAGCAGCUGGAUGUGAAGAGAAUGGGGUCUUGUGAUGAGGUGCAGUCCAUGGAGGUCAGCCUGGCUUCAAGGGAGGAACUGAUUUCAAUCCCAGAGUUCUCGCCAGUCAACGAAGUCCAGCACAGCAGCGUGAGCAACACCCGUGCUCUUGAAGACCUGAUGGACCUGACAGGCAGCGUCACAUACCCCAAAAUGUCCUCUGAGGACAACAUUGGAGACUGCAACAAGAACCUCAUUGAGGGUGUAGUUAGUCCCAUGGCAGACUCAAAGCUCAUUGGGAUGCCGUCUCCGUCCUCAAAUAAACUUAGCAUCAAGUAG